UGAGAUAAUCAUCACCCUAAAAGUAAAUGGAGCGCUCUCUGACUUGCUGACCUGCACAGAGGUAGCUGGGAGGACGGGAGCAACAUGGGUCUGACCCUGCAUCGGUGAUGUUCAGCCUAAGCUUUAACAGGGUGAGUAUAUGGUUCAUUAUACAAGGCAGCGACACGUGCUGCGACAAUCCACCCUAGAGCUCCGCGGUUGGGCGAUAUUGGCUCGUCCAUCCCCAUUUUAUCCGGCACGGAGCCUGCCUGACAUACAUGAAGCAAGGCCCUGCGGUGCCAUCAUGAACGACGAUCCCCCGCCUCCCCAGUCGGGAAGCCCCUUUUGGGGGCGAGCUAGAGCGGGCCACGCAUAGAUAUUAAUAUACUGACCCUUCCAUGCUGUCCUUCCAGAACGUUUCCCAGCGCCCACCACCCAGGUUUCCUCUCUCCACACCACCAUGCGCGUCUUCUCCAACACCUCCUCCCUCCUCUCCCUCCUCCUGCUGCUCGGCGGCAGCCAGGAGGGUGAGGCCUCGCCCGCGCUCGAAAAGAGACAGACGACGGGCCAGUACUGCGACACGGCGUCGGGCAUGUGCUACCUCGAGUACUCGUGGGGCCCGACGGCGCCCGUGUUCCGCGUCGCGGUGCCCGACACGGCGGCGACCGACACGGACUUCGACACGCUCCUGCAGAUCGUCUCGCCGGCGUCCUUCGGGUGGGUGGGCUUCGGCUGGGGCGGUCGCAUGACGCUCAACCCGCUGACGGUGGUGUGGCCCAACGGCCAGAGCGCGACCGUCUCGUCGCGGUGGUCGAGCGGCCGCACCCUCCCGCAACUCUACCCCGAAGCCACCUACCGCACGGUCGGCGCCUCGCGCAACAGCACGCACUGGACGGUCGAGACGGUCUGCUCCGGGUGCAGCAAGUGGAGCGGGGGCCGGCUGAGCACGACCGGGGUCAACUCGUUCGCGUGGGCGGUCAGCGAGACGACGGUGGCGCAGCCGGCCAACACGGCCAGCAGCUUCCAGGUGCACGACAACAUCGGCAUGUUCUCCGAGUCGCUCGAGCCGGGCACGGUGCCGGCGGCGCAGUUUGAGGAGCAUGUCGGUGGGGCGAACUAG